AUGUUCUUUGUAGCUCUGCUGAUGCUGCUGGCUGCUGGAUGUGUGAAGUGUGAGCAGCUGACUCAACCAGCCUCUAUGUCUGUGCAGCCUGGUCAGACUCUGACCAUCAGCUGUCAGGUCUCAUAUUCUGUCACCAGCUAUCACACACACUGGAUCAGACAACCUACAGGAAAAGCACUGGAAUGGAUGGGUGUUAUUUGGACAGAUGGAAACAAGGCAUAUGCCAGCAGUGUCCGAGGACGUAUAGAAAUCACCAGAGACAUCAAUAGGAAAACAUUGCACCUGAGACUGUCCACCAUGAAACCAGAGGACUCUGCUGUUUAUUACUGCGCCAAAGAAACACAGUGGUUAAUAAAAGCAGAGAGGCUGUACAAAAACUCCCAGAGCAGAAAACAGGAGUUACAUCAGCACACAAUAACUAAUGUGGUUUUUGUUUUCUGUCCGAAGGAGGGAGAUGUGGUUAUAAAUGGGAAAGGUGGUCCAGUCAACGUGAGCGCUGAAGAUCCAAUUCUGUCAAAGGGCUACACCUACUACUUUGUUGCAUUUAGCAAUCAAACCAUCCACUCCUGUGAGAUGAAUGGGACCUUCAGCAACAAUGAAGCUGAAAAAGCCAAGCUGAACUUCUACCUGCUGAUGAUGAACGCAGUCCGGAUGGUGCCUUCAGUACUGUCCUCACCAUAA